GAGAAGUGCAUCAACAUCGACUUGGCGUACAGAACGUAUGAUUCGUUACAUCGUGAACAGCCUGUUUGCGUAUCAAUUAGUUGCGAACGUUCUUCAACUGAGAAACACAUCAACCAUCAACAAAGACCAUGUCCUUCGAAUCGUUGUGGAACUGCUCAAACUUACCGGAAUUUGUGCUUGUUGCCUAAGAGUUACAUGUAUGGUUUACUCCAAAGAACGGAUUGAGACUAUCAAACGUUUUAUCACUUACGACACUUCAGAUUCUGGUGACAGCACCUUCGAUGAACAGCAACGACAAAAUUUCAAGAAACACGCUCGUGCGAUUGUGCAAACUGUGUUUGGACUAAUCAUUACCGAUACAAUUCUGCUUACGAUUCCUUGCUCUGCCACAAGAAAUUUGAUCGGGUUCCCAACUCAACUAUCGUUUGUUGGACAACGCGCAUCGAGUGUGCUGCAUUUCUUACUAGUCACCGGUUUUCCCUUGGCAACCUUUUCGAAAUUCACCUGCAGCAUGGCCAACAAUGUCGUUCUACUGCUGGGCAUGCGAGUCAAGUUGAACAUUGUGGCCCAUCGGUAUAGGCAAAUCUUUAAACAAGAAUGCCUGGACCAGGAACAGCGCUUCGAUCACAUGAACGAGGAAUUACGAAAAGCUUUGAUACAACAGACAGAAUGCUGGAGACACUUAUCGAUCCUUAAAGAUAUUGUUGGCAGAACAUUCAUCCCCGUCCAUUACUAUUCGCUUUACUGUAUCGGGUCAUUACUGUACGUAUCGCGAGAUAUGGGAGUCAAUGCAACGUCAGGAGUUCUGGUGGCAUCCGUAUGUUUUCUCCUAUUGGAGUACUAUGUUACGUGUCGUCUGAUUGAUUCACUUCGCGAUGUGACUGACUCAAUUGGAUACACAAUUUUUGAGCUGUGCGCUCGAAUUCCUUACACUCGUAAGAGCCAUCAGAAGUUCGUACACAUGAAGAGAGCUUUGAUAAUAACGUGGAUUAAUACGAGCAACGUGUCGUUUGCGAACUGUUUUCAGCUGUUCAAUAUCUCUACAUCUGCUUUUGUCGGAAUGCUGAACAUUACUUACUCGGUGUUUACGUUUUUGAUCAACGUUGGUUGGUAAACUUA